AUGACCUUUUACCAGAUGUAUAAAGCCCCCAAACUCUGUGAUGCUUAUGCACGUCCUGAUAAUAGUAGUAACCCCCCUAUCCCCAUUGUGGGUUCUAUGGUGGCCCCCUGGUGUAUUAAAGGUAAAGGUAGUAAUCAUGUGCGAGAGACAGUCUGCAAUUGUACACUGGACCAGGAGGGAGUGAACAAUUGCAGCCUGACUAAUUUGUCUAUUUUUGUAUUUUUGUGAAAGUUAAUGCUGUGUCAAGGGAUCCCCUUAUUUGAACAGGAACAUAUUGGCUGUGUGGUAAGAACGCCUAUUAUAACCUGCCCCCUAACUGGGGUGGCACAUGUACUGUCGGUUUUGUGGUUCCAGCAAUGAGGGUGCUAGAGGAAACUGAUGCAAAUGAGAGAAGCCUGUUUGCUCCUCGUAAAAGGAGAACAAAGCGCUCCCUUGCUGGUAUCACUCACGUUCAGACAUCUGGCUCGUGGUUUCUGGGUGUGCUCGUGCCUUUAUAUGGGGUAGCUUGUGCCCUUGAUCAAAUUCGUGAUUUGGUAAUGAAAAUUGAGAAAAUGGGAAAUGCCACCAGAGAUGCUCUAGUGGCUCUAAAUGGGGAAGUUAAGCAAUUUAGAACACUUGUCCUGCAAAACAGAAAGCGCUUGACUACCUUUUGGCAGGCCAGGGUGGCACGUGUGCAAUAAUUGGAGAUGAGUGUUGCACUUUUGUCCCAGAUGUAGCCUUUAAUGUGACUCAUCUGGCCAAUUGUAUUGCAGACACUGCCAAACGUCAUCAGGGACCGGUGGGGUGGCAGCUUACCACAUGGUCAGAGGGUUUGUUCGAGGCCUGGGGAUCACAGAUAGCCCAGUGGGUUAUA